UCAGAACCGCCGAUUCAUGAUCACUAACCAUGUGUCGUCGGUAAACACGAAAAAAGUUGUUUAGUCGCUAAUUAAUUUCAAUAUUUGUCUUGUAUUUUGAGUAAUUAACGAAAGAACGUUGGGAAAGAAAGAUGCCACGAAAGUGUAACCUUUGUGGGAAGUCAGCCGCUCUAAAACGACCGAAGACGGGCUGCUGUCUUUGCAAAGAAUGCUUCUUCUAUGUGUUUGAAGAGGAGAUUCAUCAAACAAUUGUAUCAGCCAAACUGUUUACUGAGGGAGAAACCAUUGCAAUAGGGGCUUCAGGUGGUAAAGACUCAACAGUUCUCGCACAUGUCUUGAAGGUACUCAACUCCAGAUAUAAUUAUGGUCUUAAUUUAAUUUUACUUUCUGUUGAUGAAGGAAUCACAGGUUACCGAGAUGACUCGUUAGAAACAGUGAAGCGGAACCAACAACAGUAUGAUCUACCUUUGAAAAUUGUUUCAUAUGAGGAACUUUACGGGUGGACAAUGGAUGCCAUUGUGAAGACGGCAGGAAACAAAAAUAAUUGUACCUUUUGUGGAGUUUUUCGUCGACAAGCACUCGAUCGUGGGGCCAUGAUGCUGAAGGUUGAUAAAAUUGUGACAGGUCACAAUGCUGAUGACAUUGCAGAGACUGUUAUUAUGAAUGUUUUACGAGGAGACAUAUCUCGGCUUUCUCGCUGUACAGCAAUCACCACGGCUUCUGAAGGAAUGCUACCACGUUGUAAACCUCUGAAAUACACCUAUGAAAAGGAGAUUGUCAUGUAUGCUUACUUUAAGAAACUGGAUUACUUCUCCACUGAGUGUAUAUACUCUCCCAAUGCCUACAGGGGUUUUGCUCGUGCAUAUAUCAAGGACCUAGAAAUCAUUCGACCCAGCUCAAUUAUUGAUAUCAUCCAUUCUGGAGAAAGUCUUGCUAUUAAGAAACAGAUAAAACUUCCAGUCCAAAGAACAUGCAGCCGAUGUCAUUUCAUGUCCAGCCAACCCGUAUGCAAAGCCUGUGUCCUUCUUGAAGGUCUUAACAAAGGAGUCCCAAGGCUCGGAAUUGGUAAAACACACAAAGAACGACGAAAGAUGGAGGAAAAAUUGUCAGCUUUAAAAGUAGAAACAGCAGGAGACAAUGGCUGCUGUCAGACUUCAGGUUCUUGCUGUGGAGGGUCCACAUCUAAUAUGGUCAAUGGCCAAUGUAAUGGAACAGAACAAGAGAAGAAAGGAGAUGGUGAUACAUGUAUUAAUUCUACCAUUGACGCUGACAGACACAGCCUUGCACACUCUCAUACACACCUAUCCAAUACCAUCAACCAGCAGGUGUCACUUUGACACAACGAUGGAUUUAGUAUUUAUUUCAAGUAAAAGUUUUAUAUUUUCAUUCCUUUCAAA